AUGCACUACAUAAAGUUACUGCGACCGCCUGAGGUCGAAGAAGGGAGGGCCAAGGGCUCCCGACAACCGUCACUCAAGAUCGUUCUCGCUAUCACAACCGACCUGGGCGAUGCUUACCUCUCCCCCCGUGAUCCCAUCCCACUGUCAGUAAUCGGUGCAUACGUCGAAAAGAAGGAUGGUCGAGAGCGACUCGUCCCUGUCAGUCUUCCGCUGAUCUUACCACAUGGCACCAUUUCCCAGGAUGCACCUAAGUGGCAAGCGGGCAUGCGAGUGCUGAAGUUCAGUGUCGCGCUGCCCCUUCAACCGCUCAAGACUGUCCAAAUUCGUCCAUUCAGUCCACAGCUCACCGCACUGAGUACUGGAGACAUUUGCGCGGCCAAGCAAGGUCUGAUCAUGGCUGCAUAUUCUGACGUCACUCAGCCUGGAGGCUUGCUUGCUCCUUCGGUGUGUUUUCGAAGCUUAAGACUACCCGUGGCUGGCCAGCUGCUUCAGUUUGAAGAGGAUAUUGGCGACAGCAUUGCCCGCCAUAUCUGGGACGGAGGUGUUGUUACAGUCUCUUUGCUUGCCGACAUGUGCCUGGAAAGCAGCGGCCGGACCGGCAGGAACAUUCUGCCAGCUGUCCGCAGCAUAUUAACGGACAGCUCACAAGGGCCCCUUAACAUCCUAGAGAUUGGAUGUGGCAUUGGUGUUUUAGGUAUCGGGCUCGCGCGCACCUUGUCAUUGAGACACAAUGCAGGGACCACUCGCGUUCUAAUGACAGACCUUCCGGAGGCAGAGGAGAAAGCCCGGGCCAACAUAGCUCGCCAAAUUGGUGCCCAAGGUGCUGGGUUGGUCGAUUUGGACUUUGAACCCUUGGAUUGGGAAGAUGGAAAGAACGGAGUGUUUGGGGAGAAAGUUCAAUCGCGUUCUUGGAACCUUGUGGUUGUCAGUGAUUGCACCUACAACACUGACACUUUGCUGCCCUUGGUGAAGACAUUCUCGGCCAUCCGCAGGCAUUCUGCUAGCCAAUCUUUGGGCGACAAUCGGCCUGUUGAAACCAAGAUCUUCCUCGCAACGAAGCCGAGACACUCGUCGGAGAGGGCCUUCUUUAAACUGAUGUCCGAUGAUGGAUGGAUAACUAAGGAGCAGGCCGCAUUACCUCUUCCAAUGCUUGAUGGCGAACAGCAAUCGGUAGAGCUUUAUCUCUUCGAGAAAAUGCAGUCUUGA